CCAUCCCUUCAAAUCUCCUUUUAUUGCCUCUUCCCAUGUCAAUUUUGGUCUUCCUCUGCCUCUCUUCACAUUACUAUCACGUCUUAGGGUUCCACUACGCACCGGUGCCUCCGGAGGCCUUCGUUGGAGAUGUUAUUGAUGUUGAAAAUAAAGUUACCUAUUGUUGUUAUUACACAUCCAAUCUCUAUCCAAAAUAGACCCUUAGAACUUUAGGGUGCUGCAACUAUUAAUACUUUGCAUCCUUGAUUUUAGAGUUACAUCCUUUAAGAAUCUACAAUCAAUUUGAAAUUGGCUUCUCGUUAUCCUAUAACUCUUAAUGCUCUAUGCUUCAAUCUUUUCUAAAGGUAGAGCCGUAAAUAUAAUCUCAUUUGAGAAAUGAUUUCUAGAAUAGAAAGGUACCUUUUUAUUAAAAGAACCACAAUUUGUCCUAGGAUCUUAUGGGUGUGUUUGCUUUGGUAUCUUGUAUUGUUUGAUCAACUUUUGCACCGCUUUGUUGUGUCAAAAUUUUCCUAAUUUGCCACCUUGAUUUGUUUUGAUGAACAAAGUGAACUGCUUUAUUUCAUUCCCAUUUUUGGCAUGCUACUUUUUUGCUAGAUUCUAAUUUUUUGCUAGACUACUAAUACCAAAUGUGAUUUACCUUCUCUGCUAUUUUUCCAAAAAAAUUUUGUGGUGAUGCUUAUAUGGAUUGAGUUUCAUCAUUGGUCCCUUUAUCCAUGUUAUAAAAUUGAAUUCAAAAGUCGUCUUCCCUUAAUUGUUUUUUUUAGAAGAAGAGAUAUAGGCAAGGAAAAUAAAUCACAGACAUUCGCUUGCUUCCCAUGCUCCAUGUGUAUACUGGUUUUUAGAAUGCACGUGGGUGGCGACCUUUGAUGACUAUAUAACACGCCUUGGAGCCAACAUCAUAGAGUGUAGCUUAUUGCUUGACAAUGAGAGCCAACGGGAUGAAAACUUUGUUUUCGUCCAUGGCAAGUCAAUGAUAUUGGCCAUUCUCUCUGGUGCUGAGAAUUUUUUAUGUGUACAUCAUGUUCUCCGUAUUGUUUCAUUUGGAAGCCGCUUACAAUAUAGGAAAGUGUCGAGGAAGUCUUUCGAGGAGAAUGAGUCCAAUGUUGAUCAUAUGGAGCACUACAAAUAUGUUCUCUCUAAGCUCUUGAGGGGGCAAGAUGACUCUUUCCGUAAAGGAGGUUGUAAAGAAGUUCAAGGUGGUAGUACUCAAAAUAAAGGCAAAGAUGGCAACAUUUGCAAUAGAACUUUUCCAUUAUUCACAGAACCAAUCAGUGGCCUAUCGAAUAAUGAUAAGGAGAGAAUAAAGCUUUGCCUUCAUGAGAUUAUUACAUUCCUCAACAAUGAUGUUGAUGAGGUUGAUCAAGAUAUUAAGGCAAUGGAAGAAAGGGGUGAAACAUGUCAGGACACUGUGAAGAAGCUAUCUACUGGUUUGUUGGGAAAGCUAGGUAAAAUGGCGCAAGGUGUCGACGACUUGCUAAAUACAGCAGCAUCCAAAUGCAGAUCUAUGAGUACCGAGGAGAAGAUUGAACUUGGUAGGCGCAUCCGAAAGCUCCCAGAGGAGUCACUUAAUCAUGUUGUGGAGAUAAUUACAACUAGAAAACUGGCAAGUCAGAGUUCUAAUCGAAUAACCAUGAACUUGGGAGAACUGGAUGAUGCGACUUUAUGGAGGCUGUAUUACCACGUGGAGUAUGUACUAAAAGAAAACAAGAAAUGAUUCUCAAAUCUCAAUGCUUCAUGGCCAUAGCGUCCAGCACGGAUUCUUAGCUGAAUAUCCCGUGGAAGCCCUACCCACAAGGCCACAACUCGGAGGAGCACUUGCAUGAUCGUUCUGACCGGGUGCAGUACUUUGGAAUCCCCAUGUUUUGCAGCAUUCGCAUUGGCGAAUCAGCUUGUAUGUAGGCGGUAGCAGCAUCUGUAUGUGCGCAUGGGCAUAUGUGCUAUCAGUGAGGGAUGUAGCAUCAAAACAGCAUCACGAAUAGCGUGCAGAGAUUACGGGGAAAAAAAAGUAGUCCCUAGAUUUAGAGAAACUUGUGUUGUAACCACAUGGGCUGUGGUGGCAAAUGAAGUUUUUUUCAUGCCAGAUUGGCAUCUGUUAUGGAAAAGCGUCACUGCAAAUUUUACAAUC